AUGAAGGUUGUCCUGUCACUGUUUGGCCUGGUCUCGGCCUGUUAUGCCUCUGACCUUCCCAUUGUGGAUCUCGGAUAUGAAUUGCAUCAGGCAAUUUCGUUGAAUAGUACCUCUGGACUAUAUAACUUUAGUAAUAUUCGAUAUGCGGCCCCUCCAUUAGGCGACCUGCGCUUCCGGGCUCCUGUGCUUCCAAAGCAGAACCGCACACAGGUUCAGACUGGUGAGGUCGGGCGGAUAUGCCCUCAGGCUAGCACAAUCUGGGAAGAUGACAUUGAACCUGCAUUUCUCUUGAGCAUUUUAUACAAUACGACAUUCUCGCAAUCAACGAAUAUCUCUUCCUAUACCUAUGAGCCGGACAAGAUGGACCCACGGACUUCCGAGGACUGCCUGUUCCUGGACGUGGUGGUUCCCAAAAAGAUAUUCGAUCAUGCACAGCAGCACACCGAUCGUGGAAAGCAGCAUAAGCCAUUCGUUCCAAAAAACAAACUCGCGCCAGUACUUGUGUGGAUAUAUGGUGGUGGAUACGUGGGAGGUGAAAAGAGCUCGAAUAAUCCGACGGGUCUGAUCGAGCGAAGCCAGGUUGUUGGCGACGGAAUCGUAUACGUUGCGCUCAACUAUCGACUCGGCGCAUUUGGCUGGCUUUCAGGUGAUGCAAUCCUAGCCAACGGGACCGCCAAUGCCGCACUUCAUGACCAACGGUUUGCUCUGGACUGGGUAUACAAAAACAUUUACCUGUUUGGCGGCGAUCCCACACGUAUCACAGUUAUGGGUGAAUCCGCUGGAGGAGGCUCGAUUAUGCACCAGGUCACGGCGUACGGAGGAAAUGCUGGACCCUCUCCGUUCAAGCAGGCGAUCAUUCAAAGCCCAGGAUGGGUUCCCAUCAUGGAUGAUGAACAACCCGAGCAAUCUCUGCAGCAGUUCUUGGGAAUUCUAAACGUCAGCACUAUUGAAGAAGCUCGAAAUCUGUCAUCAGAGAAACUGAUCGCUGGCAACGCUUAUCAAAUCGCCACAAAGUCACAAUGGGGCUCCUUCAUUUACGGACCGGUCGUCGACGGUACUUUCGUCCCCGAGUUACCUGGAAAGCUUCUCGCGGAAGGCAAUUUCGACCGCAAUCUGAACAUCAUGGUCGGACACAAUGCCGAUGAGGGACUGGUCUUUACAUCACCAGAUAGCCGGAACGAGACUGGUCUGACUGAAUUGCUUCAACAGCAAUUCCCCUACAUGAAGAAGAACGUCAGCGAUUACGUCUCAAACGUGCUCUACCCACCCAAGUACGAUGGCUCGUACGGGUAUACCAGCUCUGUCACACGCGCUGCGCUGGUCAUAUCGGAUCUCAUCUUCGUUUGCAACACCGAUUACUUCAAUCGAGCAUACCACAACCAGACAUUUGCAUACGAGUUCAGUAUCCCGCCAGCCCUCCACGGCAUGGAUGUCCAAUACACCUUCUAUAAUAACGGUACCGCGGUUGGUGGCUCCAUUCUCACUGUACAGAAUGCCACCGUCGCAGAGGUCAUGCAGGACUACUUCACCAGUUUCACUCAGCGCGGCGAGCCCAGCUCCCCUCUAGGUCCACCCUUCCACCGGUAUGGUCAGAGAGGCUCACUCAUGAACAUCGGCAACCAUACCAUCAGUCCGGAGCGUGAUCCAACUGAUAAUCCGCGCUGUCGGUUCUGGCAAACUGCGCCAUUUACAUAA